UGCAGUCAGUGCAGAAGGCUGUAUAACAGUCACUAAACAUAGUAAACAUGCUCGACAACAACAAUAUCAUUAUCGAGAAGAAGAACAGCAAAAGUUCUUGGAAGUUGCUGCUAGAAAACAGAGAUUCGUAGAACGCAGAAUGAUAGGUGCUGGCAAGAUCAUGCUCGAAGAUGAAUCUACCAUCUGUGAAGACAUGCUUAAUGCUUUGGAUGUUAGUGGUCUCCAAGCAAAGGCAUCUGCUUUCAAUGAUUACAAUUUCGAGGCACCUAACCAAAGUCCAUUGGCAAUAGACAAUCAAAGAACAGCCAUUCUUGAACUUCUCAAAAAAGAAAAUGUCAUCAUUGUUAAGGGCUUUACCGGUUGUGGUAAAACCACUCAAGUUCCCCAAUUUGUUUUAGAUGAAUGCUACCGAACCAAAACUCCAUGCAACAUUGUUGUGACUCAACCAAGGUGCAUUGCAGCCAUUAGCAUAGCCAAAAGGGUCUGCUAUGAAAGAAAUUGGACAUUGGGAACCGUUGUUGGAUACAGAGUUGGCAUGGAACAUCAAGUAAGUGAAUCAACUUUGCUCACCUAUCUGACCACAGGAUGCCUUCUUGAAGCAUUAGUAGCCAAAAAAUCCCUUGAAGGCUAUACCCACAUCAUUAUUGACGAAGUACACGAGAGGGAUGAAGAUACUGACUUCCUUCUCUUGGUCGUCCUCAAGUUCCUCCGUCAUACGAGGACGACAACUAAAGUCUUUCUGAUGUCAGUUACUUUUGAUGCCGACAAAUUUGGCCAAUAUUUCAAUAGCCCCGUCAUUUGAAACUUUCCGUUCACGCCCAAAAGACCAUUUCGCAACGGUCCCAUAAUUGAAGUGGAGCACGGUGGACCUCACGACAUACGCGUUUACUAUAGUGAACAUCUUCAAAAACUAGAGUUUCUAGGGGGGAGUAUGAACUACCCCUAUGCUAUGCCUAAUUCUAACUCUUCGUCUGCAUACGGAUGUUCUGAAUACUCUUCUUCGUUUGAGAUUAAAGAGUAAACCGCUGCUUCAGUCGUAUUUAACUUGUUUCAAAGAACUGGUUGAGCAGCAGGCCGAUCAGCUUCCUCUGAUUGUACGAUUGCUGAUCUUCAAUGAACUUUCACCUUCGCGAGGACCCAAUAAUAUGGCAGUACUAGCAGUAUUAGUUCAGCCUUGGCCUGAUCGUGCUGCUACCAUUUUAGCGGACGUGUUUAUGGAAUUAUGCUAACUGGUGAAUACUGGUGAAUAAAAAGAGGGCUAUAUUUAACGGA